AUGGACAUCGACAAUGAUGACAACCCCACUCCCAACCAAUCCGACUUCCCCAAACCCCUAGCCUCCUUUCACCUCAUCAAAAAAGAAACCGAAGCCUACCUCCCCAUCGCCUCCCUCAUCUGGCCCGCCCCCGGCACCCAUUUCGUCGCUGGCACCAUCAACCGAAUCGACAUCUUCGACGUUUCUCGACCAGACAUCUCCCUCAGCACCCAGCCAUUUCACACAAUCCCCACGAUCCCAUCAACCAGAUUUCUUACGAAAGGUGGCGGAGUCGGUAUGCGCGGGACGGUCUCAGCGCUAGACGCCCAUCCCGGGGUGAGCGAAGGAUGGGGUUUCAUCGCGGCAGGCACGUGGACGCGGAACUUGGGCCUAUAUGAUCUCUCUCAGGCGGGGCAGUGUGUGGCUACGUGGAGUGUGGCGCCUGCGUCUGGGGAGCAGGGGAUUGGCGGGAAUGGCAUUGUGCAGGUUAUGUGGUCACCCUGCGGGAGGUAUCUCGUUGUCAAUGAGAGGAGGUCAACAGGGUUGUUGGUGUACGACAUUCGAGGAACGCAUCAGCUAUUGGCUUGCUUGAAAGGUAGAGAUGCCCAGACAAACCAACGGCUGAGCUGCGACGUGUUCCCUGGGACUGGGAAGGUCGGGGGGUUCGAGGUUUGGGCCGGCACCAAAAACGGUGGGGUUGUUGUCUGGGAGGGCAUUGGCAACCAAGAAGGAAGCAUAGAGCCAAGCUGGGAUUGGGAAGCUCAUCAAGCAGCUGUCGGGAGCACAGCUUUGCAUAUGAGCGGCUCCGUAGUUGCGACAUGCUCCGGCUCAUGGGAAUUUGUGGAUGAAGACGAGAGCAGCGAGAGCGAGAGCAUAGACAGCUCAGACAGUUCUUCCAGUUCUAGCGAUUCUGAAGAUGCAGAACAAAACUCAGGCAAGAGAGUACUGACUUCCCGUACUAGGAUUGUUGUUCCUGAAACAAGCCUCAAAGUUUGGAGCAUUGGGUCGAACACACCGCCGGAGACAGACGAGGGACAAACCAGUUGA